AUUAUUAUUCAUUUUUUACCUUGAUAAUCAAGUUAACAGCUUUAAACUGAUUAAUUAAAGUGUGAAUUUGUUUUAUCCAACACAAGGAUAAGAAGAAUCUUCUUGCUUUUUCAUUAGGAUAAUGGAAGUUUCUAUGCAAGAUCAAAGUAAUAAUGCAAAUGAUCUUUAUUAUGGCAAAAGCAUUGAUUCUAUGUUCUCUUUCCUUUAAUUAUUCUUUGAACACAGAAAUUCUAGCCGAACCUUCUUUUCACUUUGAUGUUAGACCUUUCCUAAUAGCUUUUCUUAGUGACUUUUCAAACUUUUCCCCUUUUUGAAAUUAGCUUAAUUGAUUUACUAAUAUAUGGCCAUUUUUUGUUUUCUUUUGCAGGUGACUUAUAGUAUUCCAUUUGCUUUGGCAUCUAUAUUCUCUAGUAGUUCUGGUUCAGGACAAGGUUUGUCACUUGGAGUUCUGAAUCUUGCAAUUGUUGUGCCACAGAUGUUGGUGUCAGUGGUGGGAGGGCCAUGGGAUUCCUUGUUUGGAGGAGGGAACUUGCCAGGAUUUAUAGUUGGUGCAAUUGCAGCUGCAGCAAGUGGUGUUUUAGCACUCACAAUGUUGCCAACUCCACCUCCUGAUGCUAAGCCAGGGGCCACAAUGGGCGGUUUCCAUUGAGAAUAAUACUAAUAACAAAAGAAGAAGAAGAAGAAACAGCCUUUUUUUAAAUUAGCUCUCCUCUUUUGUAACCUUUUUUAUUGAUCUUUCUAGAAAACAAACAUAAUAUGGAGGCUAUCUUUACAAGUGGCAUGUCCAUGUAUUUCUCUCUUUUCAUAAAGCACUCUAGGAGGAAGAAUUGAAGGAUCUGUCAUGGGCCUUUCUUUUGUUCCAAACCAAUGGGGUGUGUGUGAAGUUGUUUUCACUUUGUGUGUAACAAGAAUUUGUCCUGUAUAAUAUUGUCUGGGCAAAUGCUUUGUACCUUAAUUUUUUUCCUCUGUUUUGUAAUUUUCUUUCUUGGAAGGUAGGAAAAAAAGUGGUUGAGGGUGGAAGUGGGGUACUUGGUGUUGGUGAAGCUAGGGAGAUUUAAGAAACUUGUACUUAACGUGGAAUCAAAAUUGAUCAAUCUAUAUCUAUCUUUUUUCCUAUCA